AUGUCACCCUUCAAUGGUUCCUGCUUCAACCCUGCAACAUUCCUCCUUGUUGGCAUCCCCGGGCUUGAAUCCUUGCACAUGUGGAUCUCGGUCCCCUUCUGCUCCAUGUAUGUCAUUGCCCUCCUGGGGAACUGCACCAUCCUCUUCAUCAUCAAGACAGAACAGAGCCUGCAUGAGCCCAUCUGGACCAAUGUCAUUGCCCACUCCUACUGCGAACACAUGGCUGUGGUGAUGCUGGUGUGUGAAGACAUCACCAUCAGCAACCUCUAUGGCUUGGCCAUUGGCUUCUUAGUGCUGGUCAUGGACUCGCUUGUCAUCCUCCUGUCCUACUUCAUGAUCCUGCGAGCCGUCCUCCGGCUUGCCUCCAUUGAUGCCCGCCUCAAGACUUUCAGCACCUGCGUCUCCCACCUCUGUGCCAUCUUGGCUUUCUACACACCCAUUGUGGCAUCAUCCAUGACGCACCGCUUUGGGCGGCAUGUGUCUCCUCACAUUCACAUCCUGCUAGCCAACUUCUACCUCCUUGUGCCGCCCAUGCUCAACCCCAUAGUGUAUGGUGCCAGGACCAAGAAGAUACGGCACAGGGUGCUCAAGCUCUUGUGUCCCAGGAAACACUUCCUCUGA